AUGGGUUUGAAGUUAGUAUUAAUGUGGUUAUGUUGUGUUCUGGUGUGGUUUGGUUUGGUAUUGGGUAAUACUAACCCCGCUACUAACCCAGAUGAAAUGAAGUUAAAGCCAAGUAGCAAAUUAUGGUCUUGUUUAGCUCGAAUAUUGUUAGAAGAUAGUCCAUGCGUAGAAAGGGAUGUUUUUGAUUUAUCUGGCCUAGAUAACUUCAAUAGCGAAAUGUCACAACACCAAAUACACAUUAUGAGGAAAAGAAUGACUACAUGUUUGGAAUGGAUGCGCAUAAUGGUUCAACCUUUGGUAGGAAACCGGUUGAUAGAAUCUCGCAAUCCAGAUGGCUCCAUAGGCUGGAUUCUUGAGAUGAAUUCAAAGAAGGAUCGAAGGCAAAUGCUAAAAGACAUGCAGGUAAUGAAACUACUAGACUAUUUGCGUAAAUUGACAGGAAUACCAGGCGUACGUGAAGUCGUCGACAUAUAUACCGGCCAGGCACUGAAAAUAAGAAUUAACGGUUUUCAUAUUCUCCCAACUCCCAAACUAACUCUCAACCCAACUAGUACUAAGCCAAAUGAGGAAUCAACAAUCUACCAAAAGUGUCUAGAAGGCUUAAAGCCCCUGAAAAAGAUCACCAGUCCGAAUCAGAUAAGAAUUUUCGGACAAUCAAUCGAUUAUGAGAUACUAACCCAACUUGAACUGUUAUUGUUUCUACUGCGGAUCGCGGAUACUUCUAUAAUCAAAUUAGACUGGAUAGACAUGAGUAUGGCCUCGUUUGAUGUGAAAUCAAUAUAUAGAUUUAGACCUUUACUGGAGGACAUCCCCGCGAAGCUGAAAAAGAAUGAACUUGUUAUUAAGAUCAUUAGUGCAUGUAAUAAUGUGUUUUGGAACGCCUUCCUUGAUUUGCUCGGCGAAAAAUACGAUAUUAAAACGAAACUGGUGGAAGCUUAUCCACUAGUGUCGCCUAAUGCCAACCCAACUUAA